CUCCCUCAAUCACAAGCACAGGCGAAGAAGAGCAAGGAAACGAGCCAGUCUGCUCUUCGCUUUCACUGCAUCUUGCAGUCUCUGCAACUAACCUGCAGAGACGGAUACCUUAAGCACUAAACCCAAAUCUGAUGUUCGUAACUUGUUGGACUUCUGCUUUGCUUUUCAUUUCCUUUUGAAGCCCUUUUUGGAGGGGGAGUAGGAUAAGUGAAGACUUUGACUCCUCUGUAGCUGCCAUGGCUUUGCCAGACACUGCACGUGGAUUACCCAAUGGAGGCGGUGGAGGAGGCAGUGGAGGAGGCAGCUGCACAGUGGCCCUGGCCACGGAUGCUUUGUUCCCUGAAAUAGUGGAACUAAAUGUUGGUGGACAAGUUUAUGUGACUCGACACACAACUCUAGUGUCAGUGCCGGACUCUCUUCUCUGGCGUAUGUUCUCCCAGCAGAAACCAGGAGAGUUGGCCAGGGACAGCAAAGGUCGUUUCUUCCUUGAUCGGGAUGGCUUCUUGUUCCGUUAUAUCUUGGAUUACCUGAGAGAUCUGCAGCUUGUUCUGCCUGAUUACUUUCCAGAAAGAAGCCGGCUGCAAAGAGAAGCUGAGCAUUUUCAGUUGUCUGAACUAGUAAAACGCCUGAGCCCCCUGCGAAUCAGUAAGGACAGCUCCAUAGGAGGCGAAGAACCCCCUUUGCUCCUAACACCAGCAGCAGGUCAAGAUUCUGACUUGGACCCAGCAGGCAUUCCAGUCUCACCCUCUCCUGCAGCUGGGGUGCCCUCCCCUACGUUAGAUCCAUAUCGUUUCAAUGCAUCCUCUUCUUGCAGCCCUGCCUCAGUUCCUCGCCUGACUCCUUCCCAGUCACUUGAAGGCAAAAGAUCUGGAUAUAUAACAGUUGGCUACAGAGGUUCUUACACCAUAGGACGGGAGGCACAAGCUGAUGCUAAGUUCAGAAGAGUUGCACGUAUCACUGUCUGUGGUAAAACCUCUCUGGCGAAAGAAGUGUUUGGCGAAACCUUAAAUGAAAGUCGGGAUCCUGAUAGACCUCCUGAGAGGUAUACAUCCAGGUACUACCUUAAGUUUAACUUUCUGGAGCAGGCUUUUGACAAGUUAUCUGAAGCUGGCUUCCAUAUGGUGGCAUGCAGUUCCACUGGGACAUGUGCAUUUGCCAGCAACGAUCAGAGUGAGGACAAAGUGUGGACCAGCUACACCGAAUAUGUCUUCUGCAGAGACUGAACCUUUUAAGCAUUUUAAGAUGCACAGGAAACACACUGUCAAGCUCAUUCUGCCAUAUAUAGUACGCCUUCUGAUCUCCGAUCCAUACAAAAUGAUGCCGUUUUUUUAAGCACACACGAGAGAUUGGUAUAUUCAUGCUCUUUCUUUUUAAGUUAAUAGGAAUCAAUUUCCUGGACAGCACAAUAUUCGGUAAACUAAGAAUGUGGUGAAUUACUGUAAGAUCUCCCUU